AUGUCCGCGCACGACUCCUCGGCGGUGGUCCUCAUCGCCCACAUGAAUGACAUUGAGCGGCAGCGUCGCGUGCUGAGCAUGAGCCAAAGGGAACAGGAGGCCAAGAUUGCCUUCACCACCGCAGAAAAGGACCAGCUGGUGCAGGCCGCCGAGGCUGCGAAGGCUGAGGAGGCGCAGCUGAAAGAAGACCUCGAGGUCCUUGCGACAGAGCAGCAGCAGCUGGAGCUGCAGAAGAUGGAGGCCACAGACCGCCUGCGCAAGACGCAGGCAGAAGAAGCGCUGCACACGGCAGCUAUCGAGGCCGAUCUGCAAAAACUGGCGAAGGAGAAGGCCCUCUGGCAAGAACGGGCACAGGACCUUGAGUCGCUGCGGCGCUCCUGGGAAGAGGACGCUGCAAUGUCGUCCUGCAUCGCCGCGCUGCGCCAAGAGGGCGAGAUGCUCGCGCUGUUGAGGACAGAAAAGACAGCCGUUGAGGAUGAGUUGGCAGAGACCAUGGCAGGUAUUGAGAAAGCGCGAGCCAAGCAGCAGGCACGGCUCACGCGCGUGGGUUCCAUUGGUGCCUCCGCCGAUGCGGUGCAGUGCUCUGGGCUUGCUAGGGCGCUGGCAUCCAUGCAGGGCCCCACUUUGAGCGAUGGCAACUUGGCAACCGCCGACGACGACGGCACGGCAGCCGCUCUAGAGGAGGAGAUCAAGCGGGCAGAUUACGAGGCGGCGCAGGCGACGGCUCGUCAUGCCCGAACCAUUGCAGCCUUGCAAAGAGAAGUGGACGCGCUUUCCACCCGCACCGGCGAGCUGCAGCAGCUGCUCUCCAGUAUCGGGGCCUCGUGGCAGGAGGCGCUUUCCCGCACGCGAGACCUUCAGCACUGCAAGGAGACGGGUCUUUGCCGCCGCUGCCUCAUGUGA